AUGAACUCGAAUUCAAGGACAGCAUCGGAUGCACCUGGCUACAACGAGACAGAUGAAGGUAGUGGAGAUAGCGGAGUCAUGGCUACCGGUCCUAGUAGAGACGCUGUCAAGAAGAUGGAUCAGAUCAUACAGAAUUUCCACACAAAAGCUGCCAUAGUUGUCCUUCAGACUCGAAUGUCCUUGCCUUUCAUGAUCAACAAGGACGGAUCAAAAAAGGUCAACAGAUGGUUCCAAAUCGAGACCGAUGAUACAAGCAGUUUCCGGGAGGAGUUGAGUCUGUGGAGAAGCUGUGGAGGAUACCAAGACCGGCCUCUACCUCUCAUAAUCGAAAUAUACCUCGACACAUCAAGCUUGACGAGCAGCCAGAGUUUAGUCAUUGUUGACGAUCAAGGCAAGCGGUGGGAUGUAUUGGAUGCGUUGAAUCGCUCGAGCGGUUCCAAUGAUGGAGGCACACGGAAGCGGAAGACUGAAGUGGUUUUGGAGCGGUGGAAGUUCGAACUUAAAGAUCUCCCAGGAGAAAGGAUAUACGACUUUGGUUCUACUCUGCCCACCGUGUAUAAGAUGUGCAUUGUCUUCUUCCGCACGUUGUAUACGACAACCAAACUUCUACCGGCAUGGAAGUUCGCAAAGAGCAUGGGGAAGAGCAAUUCAAACAACUCACUUCGAAUUAGCUGUCGAAUAUUGACCGAUGAUGCCCAACCCAACCGCUUCGAUGCGCUUACUCAUCCACUCUAUGAGAAUGGGGGCGCAGUUACAUCGGAAUGCCCUCUCGGCACGACCGAGACUCCUGUAGGACAACUCUCAGGCGUAGUCACAUACCGAAAUGAUUGUAGUUUUCGCGUGGAUGACUCGGAAGCACUGCUCAGCUCACGCUUUAUGGGCGCUGAUGAGCACUUCUUCCAACCUUCGUUAGGAGUAAAAGCCAAAGAUCGCCAUGGCAUCCCCAAAGCUACUGAAGUCGGAUCCUUGCCCGCCCAUCGACAACAUUUUGAUAACCCAGAACCUAUUCAAGCAUACGGAAGUCUCUCUACAUUUCAUGGCGAUGCCCCUCCACGAGGAUCAAGCCCAAUUUCGGCUCUUAGGGCUAACAAGACCAUGGGAUCGGACACAAGUUCCCCUCCCGCUGGAUCUGUACCUAAGACCAGGCCAUUACAGACCUCAAGAGCGUCAUUAAUUUCCAUGGAGGGUAUCACAAUGGCUAGAAGACCAUCUGUGUCCUUCCAGCCGUUCAAGGCAGGGUCGUUAUCGUCAUCUCCAGGCCGGGUGACGCCUGUUCAGAAUCCAGGCGACAUGCUUCCUCCGCCCUCACCACAAUCUCUCCCAAGGACCUCUGGCAUCAGUGCUUUGACUCAGGCCCGGAAUCGUUCAUCUCUCACUGCAGGUAUGCCGGCAACAUUGAGAGGUGGCCCUGUCGUACCAGACACUACUGUGGCGUCAAUGUCAAGCUCACCAAGACCUACGCCACUCAGCAAGUAUAGUAGCAGCUUUGGUCACAGACGCGGCAGAUCAUCCUUUGGUGGCGCGAGCAGAUUACUUGACGAUGAUCAGGGUAGCAGUGGAAAGCAAAGCUUGUCCUCCUCUGUACAACCUGGCUCUGGUAUCCUUACGGAAGCAGGUGCUGGGGCAAGUUCAGACUCAUUGCAGACUGACGAUGACAACAUCUCGGAAUUCUUAAAGUUGCUUGACAGCAAGAAGAAUCUACAGAGUUUUGAACCAUCGGGCGAAGCUUCAACAAAGCGAACGAGUGCCCAGCUGUCAAAAUUCCAAUCGAUGCGAGAGUCACACAAUGCUUUGACUGAGUCUAUGUCCUCAUCAACUAUGUUACACCGCUCGUCAAGCUCGUCAAGCAGGCAACUAUCAAGUGUGCCCCCAAUGGUUGCAGCCACAUCGAUGUCCGCAUCCUCCUCACCAGGGAAGCCAGUGUCACCCCAUACUCCACAUACGCCUGCCAUACCUUCAAGAUUAAGUGCAAAUUCUAUAGCAGAUUAUGCUGAGCCUCGAAGGUUGAGUUACAGAAGCAGGACUGCUCCAGAGGUUCCUCUAGAAGAUGUCGCGGAUGAUGAUCAAACUACUGAGCUUGGUACAAAUGCCAUUGACAUCCCUACAUCCCCACGAACGUAUUAUCCCCACGCUAGAAGGUCAAGCUCUGUUGCUCAGCAACACCGAGCCAUUGCAGUGGAGGAAGACUUGGGAGAUCUGCCAUUUGGCGUUCAUAGGAGUAUUAGUCUUGGAGCUGAUGAUCGAGAGCCACCUAGUCUCAGUGCUUUACUCGGACUAGGACAAGCCGCCGAUAACCCAACUUCGCCCACCUCAGAGUCGCCGUCUCGCCUAUUACAGCCAGCACCACAUAUUUUAGAGCCCAAAGCAAUGACUCAUGAAGCAUUAACUUCUCUGGAGGCUCAUGAGACAGGAAAUACUCAGGCUCCUCGCGGCCAAUCUAUGUCAUAUCGUCCAAGAUUAGGUCGAGUUGGUGGGCGCGGCACGACGCCGCCAACAGGCUCUUCUAGUCUCAUCGAGAGAGCUAGUGGAAGUGGGACAAGUGAAAGAGCAGGUGGCAGAUAUAGCUUUACGCGACCAGUAGGCGCAUAUGAAGCUGAUGAUGAACUCCUUUUUCAAAUGAGCGAAAUUGGAAGAGACUCGUCACGAAAGAGUCUUGAGGAGAAUAGAGGAGGCGGCAAUGUUGGGCCGUCAGACCGACGUUAUGAUGUGCAUAGGGGAGGUGAUAGUGGCUCAAGUAGUAGGAGAGGGAGCAGCCACAGAGGAGGCUGGUAA